GCGUUACUCAGUCAUGAGCUCAGGGACCGCGGCGUGAGGACCAGCAGCGAGUGCUAUGCAGGGCUCCUGCCGCGGGCCCGGGCUGGCUCCGAGGGGACGCUGUGGGCACAGCCCGGCUCGGCAGCCGCGCAGCUGCGGCCUCUGAGGGACCCCGGGGGUGUGGGUAUGAAAUAAGCGCUGCCGGAGCCGCUGCGUUCCCGGCGGAGCCAGAGCCGCUCCGGGACGGGAUGAGUCAGUUCUGAGAGGCUGCUCCGUGGCCCCGCUUGCGCCUGACCCAGCUCGGCACGGCUCAGAUGCUCUCCCUGCUGCGCCGAGGAUCGGGUGGGCGGCAGGGGUGAAGCAGAAGUGAAUGUGGGAUGCGGAGCCGCGGCUUCCCGGGAGCGGAACUCGCUGGAUGUUCUCAGGGCGCUGCGCCGGGGCUGGAGAUCUCCACCACGCUGGUGAUGUUCAGCCCGUCCUCUGCUGUGACCCCGUGCACCUCCCCGCGGGUGCCCCAGGCCGUCCCCAUGGACCUGCGGAUCGGGCAGCGCGUGGUCAAGCCCCAGGACACGGCCCUGCUGGCCCUGAAGCAGCAGCAGCUGCAGCACCAGCUCUUCCUGGCCAGCCUGCACCAGCAGCAAGUGGAGCAGCUCGCCCACCAGCACGUCAGGGUGGCCAUGGAGUCCCCGCACCGCGAGGCUGAGCCGGGGCAGCAGGAGCAGGAGCUGCGGCAGAUCCUCAACAAGGACAAGAGCAAGCGGAGUGCUGUGGCCAGCACGGUGGUGAAGCAGAAGUUGGCCGAGGUCAUCCUGAAGAAGCAACAGGCGGCUCUGGAGAGGACCAGCAAUGCCCCCCCUGCAGCCCUGCCCUACAGGUCUCUGGAGCCUCUGGACCCCGAGGGCCCCUCCCCUCCCAUGCUCAGCACCUUCCUGCCCCCCGUGCCCAGCACUUCUCUCGACCCUCCCGAGCAUUUUCCGCUGCGGAAAACAGCGUCCGAGCCCAACCUGAAGGUUCGCUGCAAGCCCAGAAAGUGCCUGGACCGGCGCAAGAACCCCCUGACGCGCAAGGAGAGCGCUCCCCCCUCGCUGAAGAGGCGCCCGCCCGAGGCCAUCGACUCGUCCCCCAGCAGCAGCAGCACCCCCGUGUCCGGCUGCAGCUCUCCCAACGACAGCCUGCCCGCCGAGCACGGAGCUCUGCCCACGGCCCCCGGUGUGGCCCACGAGACGCCCCUGGCCCAGCGGCUGAUGAUGCAGGAGAGCUCCCUGGCCCAGUUUGCCCUGCAGAGCGCGGCCUCCCUGCCGGCCAUCACCCUGGGCCUGCCGGCCACCACCAGUGCCAGGGGCGAGGCUGAGCGCCGGGCCCUGCCCAGCCUGGCUCACCGGGUGCCGGUGCUCAACGGGCCGGUGCUGCAGGGCACACAUUCGCCCGUCUUCAUCCCGGCCAGCCUGGAGCAGCACGAGGCCAGCAGCCCCCUGUCCCCUCGGCUGCAGCCCGUCAUCAUCCUCGAGCCCUCAGUCACCCACGCUCCUCUGGUGGCGGUGCCGGGCCUGGGGACGGUCCCCUUCUCCUUCACGCCCUCCCUCAUCUCUGCGGAGCGCCUGUCCCUGCCCGGCCACCACAAACCGCUGGGCAGGACCCGCUCGGAGCCGCUGCCGCAGAGCCCCAAGGCCAUCCAGCAGCACCUGGUGUUCCAGCAGCACCACGCGCACUUCCUCGAGCGGCUCAAGCAGCAGACGCACCUGGGCAAGCGCAUGGCCAAGUCCAGCGAGAAGCCCCGGCUGCGGCAGAUCCCAUCCUCGGAGGACAUGGAGGCUGAGGGGACGCUCCCGGAGGCCGCAGCCGAGGGCGGGGACCCCACCAGGACACGCGUGGAGCCCCCCCGGCCCAGCAGCAGCGGGAAGGAGCCCGAGAGGACGCAGAAGAUGGGGCAGCCCCAGGAGGAGCUGGUCCUGCAGCAGGCCUUUCUGUGGGACUCCUUCCAGCGGGUGCAGCAGCAGCUCCUCAAGCGCCAGACCUUGGCCGACCCCCCCGUGGUCCCUCCCGGCCACACCGGGCACCGGCCGCUCUCCAGGGCCCAGUCGUCCCCGGCCACGGCCACCGUGUCCCUCCCUGCCCAGGACACCAAGGCGCUGUCCCUGCCCGUGCAGGAGCAGCCGCCCAAGCCACACUUCACCACAGGGCUGGUUUACGACUCGGUGAUGCUGAAGCACCAAUGCUCCUGCGGGGACAACAGCAACCACCCCGAGCACGCCGGGAGGAUCCAGAGCAUCUGGUCCCGGCUGCAGGAGCGGGGCCUGCGCAGCCGCUGCGAGUGCCUGCGGGGCCGCAAGGCCACCCUGGAGGAGCUGCAGUGCGUCCACAGCGAGCGCCACGUGCUCCUCUACGGCACCAACCCCCUCAACCGCCUCAAACUGGACAACGGGAAGCUGGCAGGGAUCUUGUCCCAGAGGACAUUCGUGAUGCUGCCCUGCGGAGGGGUGGGGGUGGACAGUGACACCAUCUGGAACGAGCUGCACUCGUCCAACGCUGCCCGCUGGGCCGCUGGCAGUGUCACCGAGCUGGCCUUCAAGGUGGCCACCAGGGAGCUGAAGAACGGCUUCGCCGUGGUGCGGCCGCCCGGACACCACGCCGAUCCUUCCACGGCCAUGGGAUUCUGCUUCUUCAACUCAGUGGCCAUCGCUGCCAGGCAGCUGCAGCAGAAGGGGAAACUCAGCAAGAUCCUCAUUGUGGACUGGGACGUCCACCACGGCAACGGGACCCAGCAGAUUUUCUACAGGGACCCCGAGGUUCUCUACAUCUCCCUGCACCGCCACGACGACGGGAAUUUCUUCCCGGGCAGCGGAGCCGCCGAUGAGGUGGGCGCUGGCCCCGGCGAGGGCUUCAAUGUCAACGUGGCCUGGGCUGGAGGGCUCGACCCCCCCAUGGGGGACCCCGAGUACCUGGCUGCCUUCAGGACCGUGGUGAUGCCGAUCGCCCACGAGUUCUGCCCCGACGUGGUGCUGGUGUCGGCCGGGUUCGACGCGGCCGAGGGCCACCCGCCCCCCUUGGGUGGCUACAAAGUCUCUGCCAAGUGUUUUGGCUACAUGACCAAGCAGCUGAUGAGCCUGGCGGGGGGGGCCGUGGUGCUGGCGCUGGAGGGGGGCCACGACCUCACGGCCAUUUGUGAUGCGUCCGAGGCCUGCGUGUCCGCCCUGCUGGGCCACGAGCCGGAGCCGCUUCCGGAGGAGAGCAUGAGGCAGAAGCCCAACGCCAACGCCGUGCGCUCCCUGGAAGCCGUGAUCCAGGUCCAGAGUAAAUACUGGGUGGCCGUGCAGCGCUUCGCCUCCAAGCUGGGCUGCUCCUUCCUCGAGGCUCAGCACCACGAGGCCGACGAGGUGGAGACGGUCACGGCCCUGGCGUCCCUCUCGGUGGCCGUGAUGGUGGAGAAGAGGGCACAGGAGGAGCCGAUGGAGCAGGAGGAGCCCAUGAACCAGUGACAGGGACGGUCCCCGGGCGUGGCCGGAGCCCCGCGAGGAUCCCGGUUCCCGUUUGUCCCCCUCGCUCCCGAGGCGCGGCCCUGGACGGGCCUGGACUCCUGGAAGGGACAUUCCCGCAUCCAGCGGUGCGGGACCAUGGAGAGCCCCGAGCCCGGACCGUGCCCACAGCCCCCCACCCAAUUUUGGGACCCGGAACCCCUCGGGGGAGGGGGUGAAACCCCCCAGCCCUGCGGCACAGACCCCUUGCUCCCGGGAAGGGACGGACAUUGGGAUGGACGCUCGAAUCACUCAUGGGACGGCUCCCAGAGACCCCCCCCCGUGCCUGGGAGGAGCAUCCCGGGGUUUGCUCGGGGGUUUGGGAUCUCCGUGCCCCUGGCUCCCCUUGCCCUGCUGGGGCCCAGGGACGGAGCGGCAGCCACAGGGGCUGGGGGCUCGUUGGGCACGGGAGGGUUCGGAGCAUCCUGAGGAAAGUUGGGAGCAUCCCGAGGAAAGCUCGGAGCAUCCCGAGGAAAGUUGGGAGCAUCCCCGGCGAAGGAAGAGCGCGGCCAGAGUGUGGGCAGUGCCCGGGGGGGCCCCUCCGGCCCUCCCUGCCCACUGCCCCCAGCGCGGCCCCCGGGCCCGGGGCUCUCAUUUGCACUAUGGACCCUGGCAGCGCUAAUGUGAACGCGACUCCUCUUCCCGGGGGAAUUCCGGGAACAAUCCCCCCUUGCCUUGAGCCCUUUCCAGCGCCCUGAGGCGCUGCCUGGGUGUCGGUCCCUCCAGUCCCAGCCCCUCUGCGUUCCUGUCGCCCCCUGAGCCCCCUCCCCAGCCGAGGUUCCACAGUCCCCGCUGGGCUCUGCUGGCUCCCCCAGGGAUGCCCGAAGCCCCUCGGUCCCGUCCCCGUCCCUGUCCUGGGGUGACAGGGGCAGAGCCAGAGCCUCCGAACCGAGGGCUCCAUCCCCGUUCGCCUUUCCCCGUUUCCCGCAGCCCCAGGGCCCCGCCCCGAGAGCCUUCCCUGCAUCCCGAGGGUGUUCCCACAAGGAGCGGGCCCUGCUGGGGUGUCCCGGGGCUGGGCUGGGCUCUGGGGACGGAGGGGACACGGGCCUGGCUGAGCUGGGGGUGGGGACAGCUCCGGCUGCGGCAGCGGGAGGAGAUUUUGUAAAAAAAACAAAACAAAACAAAAACAAAGGAGAAAU